AUGUUUCGUCAAAUUCGGGUACAUCCGGAAGAUUGGCCACUCCAACAAAUACUCUGGACCGACUCAAACGGAGAUAUCGCCACCUAUCAACUCACCACGGUCACAUAUGGCACUAGGUCAGCUCCGUUCCUCUCAAUGCGUGUUCUUCAUCAGCUCGUUGAGGAUGAAGGAUCGAACUAUCCUCUCGCUGUGGAACCGCUCAUGAAAGGACGAUAUGUUGACGAUAUCUGCGGGGGUGCUGACUCAGAUGAAGAGCUACUCAGGACCGCUCAUCAGGUGACACAGCUCUGUCGGUCAGGAGGCUUUCCGCUAGCCAAAUGGCACUCAAAUAGCCCAGCUCUACUCACAUCUCUUCAACCUGACAGCACCUCUCAAGAACAACGAUUCAUAGAGGACUCGCUCACCAAGAUUCUAGGGGUUUCUUGGCAUCCUGGAACGGACAACUUCAAGUUCUCCGUCACUCAGCCUGAGACCAGCUCAAUAACGAAGAGAAUCAUUUUAUCGGAAACGGCUCAACUCUUCGAUCCACUGGGUUUCCUAGCGCCAGUGGUCAUACGAGCGAAGAUAUUGCUCCAGGCUCUAUGGAUCGAGAAACUGGGAUGGGACGAACCAGUUUCCCAGACAACUGCUCAACGAUGGAGCCAAUUCAGGGAGGAGCUCACACAGUUAUCAGAGAUCACCAUACCUCGGUGGCUUGGACUGCUCACGGAUUCCGUCGUCGAAGUACACGGUUUUUCCGACGCAUCACAAGUGGCGAUGUCAGCCGUGAUCUAUCUCAAGGUUCUCAACAAGGGAAAAUCACAACUCACAUUGGUUUGCUCAAAAACGAAGGUCGCACCGCUCAAACGGCUGACAAUCCCACGACUAGAACUCACUGCGGCUCUCCUCCUGGCCAAACUGACUAAGUACGUCAAGGACCAACUCAAUCUCACGAACGCCACCACCUAUCUCUGGACCGACUCAUCGGUCACGCUCACGUGGAUCAGCUCACACUCCUCAAGAUGGAAGGAGUUCGUGAAAAAUCGGGUGGCACUCAUCCAGGAGCUCACUCAGCAGGCUCAUUGGAGAUUGGUACCGGGCAAGGAGAAUCCUGCAGACUGUGCAUCUCGAGGUCUAUCAGCGCACCAACUGGUAUCUCAUAAGCUCUGGUGGAAAGGGCCACCAUGGCUUCAUCAAGACUGCUCAUCAUGGCCAACUCACGCUCUGGAAAAAGACCUCAGCGCAGACCUCGAGGAAAAGCCAGGAGUUCUCCUACAUGUAAAAGCUCAUCCAAUCGCGCUCUGGAAUCUCGUCGACAGAUUCUCAUCGUUCAACCGACUGCUCAGGGUCACAGCAAUCUGUCGACGAUUCAUAGCUCGGCUCAGGAAAACCCCCAACUCUUCUCUUCGAUACCCGCUCACUCUUGGUGAUCUUGAAGAGGCUCGCAUCCUCUGGAUCAAACUCACGCAGGCAGCUCACUUCAAGGAUCAACUCAGAGCGAUCUCACGAGGGGAAAGGUUCAGCAAAUCCCACCCCCUCACCAAGCUCACACCCUUCAUCGAUCGCCAAGGGGUAUUGAGGAUAGGAGGACGGCUCAAGUUUGCUCACAUAGGCCCGGAGAGCCGGAACCAAGUGAUUAUUCCGAAGGAAUCUCAACUGGCUCAGCUACUCAUCGGACAGGCUCAUCUAAGGACACUCCACGGAGGCACACAGCUCACCCUCAGGCAGCUCAGAAGUAGCUACUGGAUACUCGGAGGUCGAGCACCAGUACGCUCCUUCAUCCUCAAGUGCGUUAACUGCACUCGCCAACGUGGAGUACGCGCUCAACAGCUCAUGGGCCAGUUGCCACCAGCCAGACUCACUCCCGCUCGAGCCUUUCUCAACACUGGGAUCGACUAUGCCGGCCCAGUGUCUCUACGGUCCUGGAAAGGGCGGGGACACAAGUCGUACAAAGGCUGGUUGGCUAUCUUUGUCUGCAUGACCACCUCAGCGGUCCAUCUCGAGGUCGUGUCAGACUACUCAGCCGAGGGGUUCAUCGCGGCGUAUAGACGCUUUUCAAGUGGGCGUGGGAUCGCUCAUUCCUUGUUUAGUGACUGUGGGACCAAUUUCCUUGGCGCUGACAAGGAACUAAAGAAGCUCUUCUCGUCAGGAUCAGCUCAAUCAAGACAGCUCGCACAGCUCCUCAUCAAUGAUGGGACUCAGUGGUCCUUCAAUCCUCCAGGGCAUUUUCUCAUCGGUCAGGCUCCCACGACUCUUCCAGAGCCAUCUUUAGAGCAACUCAACGUCUCAAGGCUCUCUAGAUGGCAGCUCAUUCAGCAGAAGCUUCAAGGAUUCUGGAAGAGGUGGUCCACGGGAUAUCUCCAACGUCUUCAAGCGAUAUCCAAGUGGCACCAUCCGACUCAUCAGAUACGGAUCGGCUCACUGGUUCUACUCACGGACGAGAGAUUCCCGCCAGCGAAGUGGCCUCUCGCCCGAGUGACCGCUCUGCACCCAGGAUCGGACGGACUCACCAGGGUAGUCACCAUCAGGACUGCUCAGACGACGCUGACAAGGCCAAUCGCCAAGCUCGUCCUCUUACCCAUCUCACUUUCAGGGGAAUAG